AUGGCGACACAAAUACCCCAGCGAACAGCCAAACGGCAACGUCUCGCCGACGAAAAAGCUGCUCGUGAAGCUUCUUCGCUCCAAGCCCAAGGUCAACUCGGUCCCUCAACAGAGACCCUUGUCAUCCAAUUCCAGUCCGGUCAAGAUGGAAGCCUGCUCGGUCCCACCAUCAACUUGCCCGCAUCAACAGGUCAGAAGGAACUUCAGGCGAUCAUUAACCAGCUUCGACGUCAGCUCAAAGCAGCUCAAGGUCCCAAGAAACGCUCUGUAGACGACCCGGCAGAGAGCGACGACGAUGACGAUGACGAUGACGAUGACGAUUUACCUUACGCCUUCCACGUCGACCUCCAACAGCUCUCAGCAAGCGCAGGUGUAGAUACAGAGGAAAAGCAGGAGCUGGUCAAGAGCAAUGCUCGACUACCCAUCAACGAUUCGCUCACUCAGGAUGUUCUCAAUGCUCAGCAGGCGAAGAAGCUGGGUCUCAGUCAGGAAGAUACCCUUACCGUUGUCUUUGAGCCGCAAGCUGUGUUCAAAGUUCGACCUGUUAGUCGAUGCUCGAGUACGAUGAGCGGUCAUGCUUCGCCUAUUCUAUGCAGUACUUUCUCUCCCACUGGCUCGCUGCUGGCUACAGGUGCUGGUGAUAAGACGGCUCGACUUUGGGAUCUUGACACCGAGACACCCAUGCACACGCUCGUGGGACACUCCAACUGGGUUCUGUGUGCCGAGUGGGAGGGUCGCGAACGCAAACUCGCUACCGGCGGAAUGGAUGGUCAAGUGUGGGUUUGGCAAGCACUUGAUCCUAACUUUACCGGUCGCAAGGGUUGGCUUUCCCGAACGGCUAAGCAGGUUGAUGAGGAAUGGCAAGAACAGCAGAAGCAAGAGAACGGCGAUACCACUGCUGCUGAUACCGCUCAGGGAGAAACAAACGGCAAGCCGGCCAAGAUGGGCGUCAAAGCACGUCGAGCAGCCCGAAACGCUGCACCUCAAGGCAAGCCUCUUUGUGGACACACCAAAUGGAUCACCUCUCUCUCAUGGGAACCUAUUCAUCUCAACCCAACCAAUCCUCGCCUUGCAUCCUCUUCCAAAGACGGCACCGUUCGAGUCUGGAACCCCACCCUCCAUCGUUGCGAAUAUAUCCUCGGAGGCCACACAGCCUCAGUCAAUUGCGUGCGUUGGGGAGGCGAGGGAGCCAUCUACACCGCUUCUUCCGAUCGCACCGUGAAAGUCUGGUCCGCGGAUGGAGGUAAACUCAUCCGCAACCUCAACGAACACGCUCACUGGGUCAACACCAUCGCUCUCUCCACCGACUUUAUCCUCCGUACCGGUCCUUUCGAUCACACCGGUCGAGCAGCCUCCUCCUCCUCCAACAACAACAAUAUCACCCCAUCCUACGUCCAACCCUCCGACGAAGACGCCAAAUCCUCAGCCCUAAACCGUUUCCGCGAAGCCACCAGCUCCGGUUCCACCCCCGAAACCAUCAUCACCGGAUCCGACGAUCACACCCUCUUCCUCUGGCCUCCUCAAAUCAACGGUUUCGCCUCCACACCCAAGAAACCCAUCGCUCGUCUUACCGGUCACCAGAAAAGCGUCAACCACGUCGCGUUCUCCCCAGACGGUAAAAAGAUCGCUUCUGCUUCUUUCGACAACAGCAUCAAGCUUUGGGAUGCUCGAACAGGGAAAUUUAUCGCGACGCUGAGAGGGCACGUAGCGUCGGUGUAUAGGUUGGCUUGGUCGAGCGAUUCGAGAAUGUUGAUUUCCGCGAGUAAAGAUUCGACGUUGAAGUUGUGGGAUCCGGUGAAGACGUUCAAGAUUAGGAAGGAUUUGCCGGGACAUACGGAUGAAGUGUACUGUGUCGAUUUUGUUGCUGAUAAGGUGGCCAGUGGGGGCAGGGAUAAGGUUGUAAAGAUUUGGCGUCACUAA